GGUAAAUAGGAACAUUUUUAGCUUACGCAUUUAAUUGCGGGGUGCGAUAGGAGAUCGUGUAAGCACGACAUUGAACGCGCGCGAUAAGAUUUAAGUGGAUGUCAGUUGCUGGUGAGAGUUUGCAAAAGUGAAAUCAUGUGGAAAUCAGCUGAGGAAAAGCUUGCCAGGGAGAUUUUUCGGCAAUCCAAGGCAAGCACCGACGGGGAGGCCAUUAAGGAUGUGCGGGAGAAUAGUAAGAAGGCCACCAAGGUGAGAAUUGAAGUGCCUUGGGGGCAUAUUGCGGGCAAAUGGUGGGGCCCAAAGGAUGCUCGUCCAAUUCUCUGCCUUCACGGCUGGCAGGAUAACAUUGGCACCUUCGACACGCUCAUCCCACUGCUACCGCAGGAGUUCGGAUACCUUGCAAUUGAUUUUCCCGGUCAUGGAUUCUCAAGCCCCUACCCACCUGGGAUGUCCUACUCAGCCUACGACUACAUUUGGCUCAUCUAUCGCAUUCAGGAGAUCUAUGAGUGGAAGAAAGUCUCAAUCCUUGCGCAUUCCUUAGGAGCAAUCCUCAGCUUUGUCUACUCGGGUCUCUUUCCGGAAAAGGUGGAAUUUGUCAUUGCUAUGGAUGCGCUUAAGCCCAAAAUAAUGCCCGAUAUUGUUGACUACAUUAAAACAAUGCUCACCGGUGUGGCACUCGAGGAUGAGAGGAACCUCAUUCCCAAAGAGCCGCCCAGCUACAAUUUUGACGCUCUCGUCGAUCGUCUCUACAUUGGAACCUAUAAAUCAAUUAGCAAAGACUACGGACCCUACAUUCUCAGCCGUAAUGUCCGGAAGUCCACAAAGUACCCCGAUAAGUACUACUUCAACCGCGAUGGACGUCUCAAGUACCUCAUGCACCUCCUCAUCAGCCAAGAGAGCUGCCUCAUUCUAGCACGGAGAAUUGACUUUCCCUACAUGUACAUUCGUGCUGACCAAUCGAUCGUGAAGUUCUGGGAAGAAGAAAAAUACCUCCUGGAAGUCAUUGAAGAGAUGAAGAAAUGCAAUCCUCACUUUGUGAUGCAUCAAGUCCCGGGGCGUCAUCAUGUCCAUCUAACACAUCCAACAACCAUCAGUGGCAUCCUCUCGGACUUUAUCCGGAAGAAUUGUCAAGCGAACAAAGAGAAAAGAGCAAAGAUUAAAAGCAAACUCUAAGAAAAAAAAAGUAUUCCUCAAAAGAAAAUUCAUCGAAGAUUUUCAUAUUCAUUCCAGUUAAAAAGAAUUUUUAACGCAAAUCCUGAAAAAAGGACGAUAACUUAAUUAAAAAAAAAAAGGGGGAUGUAGAUUGUAAAAAUUUUAGGAAAGGUCUUUUUUUUAUUCCAAUAAAUUGUUUUUAAAAUUUGAAUAAAA